AGAGGGCAAGGGCGGCGCUGGGAAGCCCUGAGGCCCUAAGGAAUCGCGGAGGGUCACUGGGCGCCUCAAGGAGAGGGUGCCCUCCGCAUCGCAAACCCACACCAGUGGCAUAAGAACUCGCUCCCUCUGGGACACCCUGUUUCCGGCGCCUUUAAACCUGGAAGUACUGCUGUGUCCAAUCCUGGCCCUCCUUCCGCACUUAGUCUUUGAGUCCUUCCCUCUCCUGGCUUGUGCUGGAGCCAAGCAGGCUAUGGCUACCAAUCAGCGCUCAGAAAAGACGCAUGCGUCUUCGAACGAACGCGACGUACGGUUAACUUUGACCCAAAGACAACCUCUUCUCUCCCGCUUCCCUCGCUGUGAAGAUGGCGCUCUCCAGGGUGUGCUGGGCUCGGUCGGCUGUGUGGGGCUCGGCAGUCACCCCUGGACAUUUCGUCACCCGGAGGCUGCAACUUGGUCGCUCUGGCCUGGCUUGGGGGGCCCCUCGGUCUUCAAAGCUUCACCUUUCUCCAAAGGCAGAUGUGAAGAACUUGAUGUCUUAUGUGGUAACCAAGACAAAAGCGAUUAAUGGGAAAUACCAUCGUUUCUUGGGUCGUCAUUUCCCCCGCUUCUAUGUUCUGUACACAAUCUUCAUGAAAGGAUUGCAGAUGUUAUGGGCUGAUGCCAAAAAGGCUAGAAGAAUAAAGACAAAUAUGUGGAAGCACAAUAUAAAGUUUCAUCAACUUCCAUACCGGGAGAUGGAGCAUUUGAGACAGUUCCGCCAAGACGUCACCAAGUGUCUUUUCCUAGGUAUUAUUUCCAUUCCACCUUUUGCCAACUACCUGGUCUUCUUGCUAAUGUACCUGUUUCCCAGGCAACUACUGAUCAGGCAUUUCUGGACCCCAAAACAACAAACUGAUUUCUUAGAUAUCUAUCAUGCUUUCCGGAAGCAGUCCCACCCAGAAAUUAUUAGUUAUUUAGAAAAGGUCAUCCCUUUCAUUUCUGAUGCAGGACUCCGGUGGCGUCUGACAGAUCUGUGCACCAAGAUACAGCGUGGUACCCACCCAGCAAUACAUGAUAUCUUGGCUCUGAGAGAGUGUUUCUCUAACCAUCCUCUGGGCAUGAACCAACUCCAGGCUUUGCACGUGAAAGCCUUGAGCCGGGCCAUGCUUCUCACAUCUUACCUGCCUCCUCCCUUGUUGAGACAUCGUUUGAAGACUCAUACAACUGUGAUUCACCAACUGGACAAGGCUUUGGCAAAGCUGGGGAUUGGCCAGCUGACUGCUCAGGAAGUAAAAUCGGCUUGUUAUCUCCGUGGCCUGAAUUCUACGCAUAUUGGUGAAGAUAGGUGUCGAACUUGGCUGGGAGAAUGGCUGCAGAUUUCCUGCAGCCUGAAAGCUGCUGCUUAUCACCUCUGAGAAAUGAAACAAAAAAAGAUGAGAUACCUCCACAGCCUAAUAAUCCUGUCAUGCUUGUUUUCUUUGCAAAAAUUUCAAGAGACAGGGUCUCACUCUGUGACCCAGGCUGGCGUGCACCGGUGUGAACUCAGCUCACUGCAGCCUUGACCUCCUGGACUCAAGAGAUCCUCCUACCUCAGCCUCCCACAUAGCUAGGAUUAGAGGUGUGAGCCACCAUGCCUGGCCGUGUGCUGUUUGCUUACUCUGUUGACGGAGGAGGGUUGCGGAACUGGAGAGUGUUCACAACCAUAGGGAAUCCACCCCUGAAUGGGCCUCCCAUGUUCAGUGGCACCCACACCUUACCCCGCUGACCCUGGUGUAGAUAUACUAUCUCAGGCCAACUUGGACUGACCUGGCAUUUAAUCCCAGCCUGGCUGCAGGCACACGCUUCUGGGUCACAAUACAGUCGGCAGUCACAACCACAUUCUUCCCGUGACAGGCGGAUGGCUCGAAGUUCUUGCUUCUCUUCAGCAUCAAUACGGUGGACCCCAGAAGCCCUCAGCAGGGCCCGUCGCCGUUUGGUGGGCAGAGGCUGCAGGAAGAAGUAAUCAUCCACCUCCACAUUUUCCACAUCAAUAUCUUCAUCUGACACAUCAUCCAGCGUCAGGCCAUCAGCCUCCACCGACUCCACUGUCCCGUUCUUGGUCAGCUGCCAAGAGACAGGAAAGGUUAGCCUCAUAGACAUGAGCGGCAUGCACCUCCUCAGUGGCCAUCCGAGAGCAGCACUGUCCCUUGAACCUUCUGCAAUCAUGGGAAUAUCUGUGCUGUCCAAAAUGAUGGCAGCUACUAGCACAUGUGGCUACUGAGCACUAGAAAUGCAGCAAUUGGAAAACUGUCAUUUUAUUUAUUUUUUUGAGACAAAAGUCUCAUUCUGUCGUCCAGGCGGGAGUGCAGUGGUGCAGUCUUGGCUCACUACAACCUCCGCCUCCCGGGUUCAAGCGAUUCUCCUGCCUCCCAAGUAGUUGGGAUUACAGGCGUGAGUCACCAUGCCUGGCUAAUUUUUUCUAUUUUCAGUAAAGACAGGGUUUCACUGUGUUGGCCAGGCUAGUCUUGAACUGCUGGCCUCAAGUGAUCCACACACCUCAGCCUCCCAAAGUGCUGGGGUCCACUGUGCCAGCCCAAUUUACAUAAUUUUAAUUGAAUAGCCGUAUGUGACUACUGGCUGCUAUAUUCACUAGCACAAGUCAAAAGAACAAAUCCAGAGUGGCAAGAUGGGAAAUCUUACGUACCAUCACCUUUCUGGGUCCAAGCUUCUCAAAAACCCGUCUCAUCUUCCCUCCUACACGAAAAUCUAUUUCCACAAACAUACCGUCUAUUUCCAGACAUGUAUCCCCUAAUUUACACUCACUUGCCUUCUAACACAGGGAGGAAAAGGUAUGUGAAUGACUGGAUGAUCCUUGGAUAUACAGAAAAAUGUGAAACACCCUUCAACUUGCACCCACUGAAUGCAAAACUACCUUCUUGAAAAAAAAAAGGGCAAAUUAAAGUGUAGUAAAAGGCUACCAGGUCUUAAUCAAUGAACCCAAAUCCCCACAGUGUGAACAAUUAUCUGUGCAUGCACUAAAGAGCUUCAUUCUACUGUAAGGAGAAAAAGCAAAUAUAUUAACAGGUAUUAAAGAAAGCCCUUGGCCGAGAAAAAA